AUGGAGGAUGAAGGGUCGCCAGACUCAUCUGGCGGUCAACAAGAGGAACAGGCUGUUAAGAGGAAGCGCAUUACUCAGGCUGGUGCAAAGAAACGUGGUCCAAGAGCAGGUUAUAUAGAAUCUCUAGAGAAUCGCUUGAAGGAAAUGGAAGCCUUGUUGAAACCCCUUCAGAACGAUCCUGCCGUUGGUGGCUCCCUCCAAUCUGGAAUGAAGAUGGAAGGAAUGGGUGAUACGGAUGGCAAACGACGAAAGAAGGGCAAACGCCCCGAUGCAAAGUCUCCAUCUGGAGGGUCUGGAAGCAGUAGUGACAAUGACGGCGAUUCAGAUGGAGGUUCCGCUCUAGAUGACGAGAUGCGUGGAAGUGCAAGUGGUGGCGGUCCAAGUCAACAAGGAUUCUUCAACACUUAUCCUGCAAACGCAGCAGCACAGGCUCCACCUCUUCCCCAGGAAGCAGCAACCGAGCUGGUCGAUCUCUUCUUCCAUUAUAUAUAUCCAGUAUUGCCAGUCGUCCACAAACACACCUUCGUGAGGGCCUAUGCCAACGAAUCGCCACUCUUAUUGAAUGCCAUGUAUGCUCUGGCUGCUCGAUACUCCACACACCCUACAGUCCGUACCAACCCUGCUGCUCUAUUCUCUGCUGGUGAUGUCUUUUACGUACGAGCCCGAGAAUUGGUUGAUCAUUAUAUGGAUGUGCCUUCAGCUACUACAGUAUCAGCGCUGUUGGCUCUAGCCAUGUAUGCUGCUGGAUCCGGACGAGGAUCUGCUGCGUGGAUGUACUCUGGUAUGGCUAUUCGAAUGGCACAAGAACUGAAACUCAACGUCGAACCCGAGUUUGAAGAAGCUUAUGCUGCAUCAGGUCGACUUUCGUGGUUGGAAAAAGAAACCCGAAGACGUUUGUGGUGGGGGUGUUUUGUAUUAGAUCGUUAUGCUGGUGCCGCUGCAGAUCGUUCCAUGAUUAUCAAUGAGAAGGAUUGUAAAGUGUAUCUCCCCUCGAACGAAAGUAGUUGGGACUCGGUUCAAAAUGCUGAAGAUGAACCAGCUGGAGCUGUUGGUCCAAGUGACAGCUUCCAGAUUGCUGUAUUGACUAGUACCAACACAUUUACUCCUGGAAUUCCUCUGCAAAACCCUAUGGGCUACUUUAUUCUUCUUACAAAGAUCUUUGGUAAAAUCGUAGAGUACUCGAAUCAAUUUAAAAACCAUCAGCGAACCAAUCCCAAUGCUACAUCCAAUCCUGAUGCAGACUAUCAAUUAUCUAUAUUGGAUGCUUCCUUGCGAGACUGGUUUGCUUCACUACCACACUGGAUGAGGCAAAUCGGCGACGAAUUCGUAUGGGAUAUGGCUUCAACAUCAGCACCAUCCUGGCACACGGCUUAUCUACACAUAUUUUAUCAUACUUGUGUCAUCCUUCUUCAUCGUCCAAAGAUGAUGGCAGGAUUGAGAGACUGCCCACCAACUGUACAAUUCUCGCCAUCAUUUAUGCUAUGUCACACUUCAGCACAGGAAAUAUCACAGAUAAUCGGUAAAGUCGCCUUGACCAACCCAUGCUUCCACUAUUUCUCCCCAUUUGUCGGCUUUUGUGUCUUCCAAUCUGGUUUGAUUCACGUAAUGGCUGCCCAGGUAGCAAGCGACCAAGCUGUAGUACAAACAGCCCAGCGCAAUGUAGAAAAUCACGUAGGAGCACUACAAGGCAUCGCAAAGUAUUGGUUUAUGGCUGGUCGACUUCAUGCAGUCUUGAAGAAUCUUAUUGAAUCAGCACGAGCACCAGUAGGACAGGGAAUGUCAUGGCUAAUGCUGAAAGAGAAGAUGGAUGCCUCGAUGUCUGAAGAUGCCAUGGAAGGUCGUCCCGACGGACCAUCAACAUCAAUGGCCGACGUAAUGAGUCCCAACAGUAAUGGUGCAGGUCCCAUAGUAGGUGGGCCUUCUGGUUCAGCUCCACCGAUGAUGCAAGGACAUACCCGUGAUGGUGAAGGUGAUGUACCUAUUUUAGAUUAUGAAUUAUUUGCAGACGGUCAACAGCAUCCUGGUGGAUGGGGAAAUCGUCCUCCUCAGGGAGGCCCAUAUUCUCAACGUCCGCCAGGUCCUGGUCCUUCUCAAGGGUCACCACAACAACCACAUUCACCAUAUAGUCAGCAAAUGCAAGGUCCACCAGCACAAGGUCCUGGAUAUGGAGCUCGGCCAAUGCAAAUGUAUGGAGGCCCACCCCAAGUAUACUCAGGUCAAGAGUAUCCACCAGGACCACCGGGACCAUAUAGUCAACACUCAAUGCCACCGCCAUAUCCAAACAAUCGACAAUUGCCACUCCCACAUGCGAAUAUGCCGCCCAAUAUGUCGCCUAACAUGCAGCAUCCAUCACAGCAUCCCGGUCAUCCAUCACAACAACAUCCAGGUAUGCCAAAAGGACCGAAUACACCAGGAGGAAUGCCAGAUGGAGCCCCGUCGCCACUCAAUAUGGGAACUCCAGCCGCCAUGUCGCCACUCUUUCCAAACUUAGAUGGGGGCCGUUGGGAAUAA